AUCAGGGUGAGCGAAGAAAUUUUGUAUCAUAUCAUUACUAGGUUACAAAACCAAUCAUCCGCAUCUGAUCCUUCGGAAUAUCAUUUAAAUAUUCUAAGAGCAAGUCAAUUUUGGAGUAUUAUAUUACGUUCUACUGGAAAUGUUACGAAACUUCAUUCAAAUCCAUUUGUUCAGCGUGUUAAAAUGUCAAUCAAUAAACUUGGUGAAUUACUACGUGAAAAGACAAUUGAUAUGCAAUUGUUACAACAACUCUUAGACUUUUCUGAUGAAAGAUUAUUUCAACAUUUUGAUGCAGCUGUUUCUGAAAAGAAAGCCAUAGUUGAUGUGAUUGUAUCUCAAGAUGAAAUUGAAGAAAUUAGAAAACUUUGUGGCAACUUUCAACUUCAGCUUGAUAUACUUUUCAAGUUUUAUAACGAAUUUUGUCCAAUUUCUCAAGUAACAGAUGUGGAUGAUUACAUUCAAGACGUAAAGAAACAUAUGGCAAGCUCAAAUAAAGUGAUGUUGAGAGAAGUGUUAUCGCAAGAUUAUUGGGCGUUCCAUGAAAAAACUUUGUUCAUUUCAAGACGUUGCUACAAAUAUAUUCAAUCUCGAUUUUUUCGAAAUAUCUUUGAACGUUAUGUCCAGGAAGAUACUGCUGCAACAAAAGUAGAGUACAUAGCGCAAAGAUUAAUGCCAGAAGUUUUUAAAAAAUAUGAUACAUACUGUGAACAAUUUAAAGAAUGGGAAAAGCUCAAAUGUUCAGAUGCAUCUUUAUUCUGGAACAAUGUUACAGAUGUAAAUGCGGAGCUUGAUUUAAUGGAGGUUUAUAAAGAACAUAAAAAUCAAAAAUUAAUACAAACCCUUGACCAUCUUUCAAAAAUUUCUCUCUGGACUAAACGACUUGUGGAAUUAGAGAAAGUUGUAAACCUUUUUAAAAUACUACGUAGUGAGAAUGAUUGGCUAAAUAAAUCACUUGAAUUUUUAAAAGACAAUUCUAAGAAACUUAGCCAAGUUAAUAGUUUUUUUAAUUGUCUUAAUAAUAAUAUUUCCAAUGCUAAUCAAGAAUGUUGGAAGUUGAUAAAAGAGCUAUCAAAUGCUGAUGGUUUUAUAAGUUUUUUAGAAGAAAUUGUCGAACACGAUAUUAAAAAUUUGAUAAAUGGUGUGGAUGACCAUUCAGAUGAAAGAUUGGUUCAAGAAGAUACAGUUUCAUCACUUAUUCAAGUCAAGCAAAUUUUAUUGCCAUUUAUGAAUAAGAAUAAAAGAGAUGAUAUUGCUAGUUUUUUAGCUUCACUAUCAAAUAUUAUAAAAAAGAAUCCUACUUUAGGGGAGAAGAUUGCAUUAUGUAACAGUUGUCAUAUGGCGUUACGAAAUAUAUAUAAGAACAUUUCAGAUCGUGGCGAAGUAACUAAGGAAAAAAUCAAAAAUGCCGUACUUAAUGGGAGUUAUACUUUUGGACGUGAUGAAAAAGAAGACAAGUGUUUAGUUUUGUUAAAAUAUACUUCUAGAACUUCUAAAUCAGAGAUGUUAAUGACAUAUAAUAUGAAUGAAAUCUUGGAUUUACGUGGACGAGCCCUUUUAAUUGCAAAACCUAAGAUAAGCGUAAACGAUAAAGAUGAGGAAAUUUCAAAAAAUAUUUUGAAUGAAUUUACUGUCCAAGUCGAUAUUGCGCAAGAAAUAAUCAAAGUAGUAUCCGUAUUAAUGCAAUUGGGACAUUUUGAUUACAGAAAGUUUGAAUAUGAAUUAAUGGGAACAGAUAGAAUGAAAGAUUAUUUAAAAUUUUUAAAGAAUGAGCUCAAAAACUGGUAAGUAAUUAUUUAUACUCCCUUCAUUCAUUUUUCACAAGAAAGAUUUUAACGAACUACGUUUCUACCAAU